CCCACCCCUUCUGAUCAGCCCCUCGCUCCUCCCCAAGGGGCCGCGGCCGCACCCCGCCGAGCUCCCGGCUCCCGGCCCAGGACUCCGCCCCCGCCGGUGGCUGCGGUAGCCGCCGCGCGCCGAGGCGCCUGCUCAGUGUGGGACGCGAGCGCGGGGGGCGGUGCCGGCCGCUGGCGCUCAAGCAUGGCGGCGGCGGCGCUCGGCAGCUCCUCGGGCUCGGCGUCCCCGGCCGUGGCCGAGCUCUGUCAGAACACUCCGGAGACCUUUCUGGAGGCCUCCAAGCUGCUGCUCACCUAUGCUGACAACAUCCUCAGAAAUCCUAAUGAUGAAAAAUAUAGAUCCAUCCGGAUUGGAAACACAGCUUUUUCUACUAGACUCUUGCCUGUCAGAGGAGCUGUUGAAUGUUUAUUUGAAAUGGGCUUUGAAGAGGGAGAAACGCAUCUCAUCUUUCCUAAAAAAGCUUCAGUGGAGCAGCUGCAAAAAAUUCGUGACCUGAUUGCCAUAGAGAGAAGUAGCAGAUUGGAUGGCUCAAAUACGACCCACAAAGUAGAGUCAUCUUCGCAACCUGCAGCCAGUAGCCAGCUUCUUACAACACCGUCUUCAAAUCCCAGUGGGUUAAACCAGCACAUAAGGAACCAUCAAGGGCAGUCAUCAAAUCCACCGUCUGCUUCAACGGCUACUGCUGAUUCAGCCAUUCUAGCAGUUCUUCAGUCCAACAUUCAACAUGUGCUGGUCUAUGAAAAUCCUGCUCUUCAGGAGAAAGCGUUGGCUUGUAUUCCAGUCCAAGAACUAAAAAGGAAAUCACAGGAAAAGUUAUCAAGAGCUAGAAAAUUGGAUAAAGGUAUUAAUAUAAGUGAUGAGGACUUUCUUUUGCUGGAGCUUUUACACUGGUUUAAGGAAGAAUUUUUUCACUGGGUGAAUAACAUUUUGUGCAGCAAAUGUGGUGGACAGACAAGGUCCAGAGAGAGAUUACUGCCCAGUGAUGAUGAGCUGAAGUGGGGUGCAAACAAUGUGGAAGAUCAUUACUGCGAUGCCUGCCAGUUCAGCAAUCGAUUCCCAAGAUAUAAUAACCCUGAGAAACUUUUGGAAACAAGAUGUGGACGGUGUGGCGAGUGGGCCAAUUGUUUUACACUGUGCUGCCGAGCUUUAGGGUUUGAAGCUCGCUAUGUUUGGGAUUACACAGACCAUGUCUGGACAGAAGUCUAUUCUCCCUCUCAGCAGCGGUGGCUGCACUGUGAUGCGUGUGAAGAUGUCUGUGACAAGCCACUCCUUUAUGAAAUAGGAUGGGGCAAGAAGCUUUCCUAUGUAAUAGCAUUUUCUAAAGAUGAGGUAGUCGAUGUCACUUGGCGGUAUUCCUGUAAACACGAAGAGGUGAUUGCCAGAAGAACUAAGGUUAAAGAAGCAUUACUUCGAGAAACUAUUAAUGGGCUUAAUAAGCAGAGGCAACUAUCUUUGUCAGAGAACAGAAGGAAAGAACUUCUCCAGAGGAUAAUUGUGGAGCUUGUUGAAUUUAUUUCUCCCAAAACCCCUAAACCUGGAGAACUUGGUGGAAGAAUAUCUGGGUCAGUGGCUUGGAGAGUAGCCCGAGGUGAAAUGGGUCUAGAGAGAAAAGAAACCUCGUUUAUUCCCUCUGAAAAUGAGAAGAUUUCUAAACAGCUCCUCCUUUGUUAUAAUAUUGUGAAAGAUUGUUAUGUUCGAGUUUCAAAUAACAAUCAAACCAUUUCUGGAUGGGAGAAUGGCGUGUGGAAAAUGGAAUCUAUAUUCAGAAAAGUUGAAACCGACUGGCACAUGGUAUAUCUGGCCCGAAAGGAAGGAUCAUCUUUUGCUUAUAUUUCCUGGAAGUUUGAGUGUGGAUCGGUUGGCCUAAAAGUAGAUAGCAUUUCUAUUAGAACAAGUAGUCAAACUUUUCAGACUGGAACAGUAGAGUGGAAAUUGCGAUCUGAUACAGCACGAGUAGAACUGACAGGAGAUAAAAAUCUUCACUCCUAUGCUGAUUUUUCUGGUGCCACUGAAGUUAUUUUGGAAGCAGAAUUAAGCGGAGGAGAUGGUGAUAUCGCCUGGCAGCACACCCAGCUGUUUAGACAAAGCUUAAAUGACCAUGAAGAAAAUUGUUUGGAGAUAAUUAUAAAAUUCAGUGACCUUUGAGAACUUGAACAUUAUAGAAAAAAGCUGGCAGUAAUCAAGGAGUUACUGAAGUAGUCUGUUGGUUCAGUGCAUGCUUAGUUGGCAAUUACCACCCUGUGCUAGCAUAUUUCUUUUGCUAGCUAUCCAUCAUGUAACCCUCAUGAAAAAUUAUCUUUAUACUGUGGACUAUAAUAAAAUCCUGAAUUAAAAGUCUUUCUUCCAUAUGUGACUAUAAUUUGGAGUAAAGUCUUGUUGACACAAUAUGGGAUUUUAAUAUAAAAACUAUAAGUAUGAUUUUAAAAGUUGAAUGAUAGUAUUCAUGAUUAAAUGCUAUUCAUGAUUAUGAUAAAAUCUUGGGCUUAUAAUAGUAAUUUGACAUUUUCUGAUCAGCCAUUAAUUUCUUCAUAAGUGAUUGAGUUAGAGUCUCCUAAUAUUUUUAAUUUUUAAUGUGAAAGUAUAGUAUCUCAUAAAUUAUAUAAUGCAUGAAAAUUUAUAUGAUUGUAAAUAUGUAGGCAUUUAAGAAAUAAAAUGAAUUAUUUUGCCUUA